CCGGGGUAUUCAUUCUGCAGGGGUUGGUUUUGCAAUGGUAGCGAAAUGUCAAGUGAUCAGCCUCUGUCGUUCCCUGCUUCGAGCGGGACGUAAAUACCCUGACUACAACAUCAGGGAGUACACCAAGCGAAGGACCUUGGAUGGGUUCCGCAUGAACAAGAACCUCACUGACCCGUUAAAGGCCAUUGAGGCUUAUGAUGAAGGCAAUGCACAGCUGGAGGCUGUACAGAGGGUUCUCAAGGUUUACUUGGCAUAUCCUCCCAAGACAAAGAACAUCAUGGAACUCAAGGUUCAAUAGUAUUUGUAUGUUUCUCAUUAUUUCCAAUACCCUCAAAAGCUAUUUGUUUUUUUUUUUUAUCAUCUUGAAACCAUUGGCUUUUGUGUUCUGAUUGUGAAUAAUGAUGAUUGAUGAACUAGUGGUGUUUGACUUAUGUGCU